UUUAAAUCCAUUUCAUCUGCAACACCAAAGCAUAUCGGCAAACACCGUCGAAUCAAAUCGAAAUUUUAGGGAAAAAUUAUUUCACGAUGAGUCACCUAAACCGAGUGUGGAUGACCGCCGGUGUCGCCGUCGUUAACGGCCACACGGAUCAAGGCCAUAAGCUAAAGUCAGGCAUGAAGUCAUUCCAGCAAGGUAAGAAGGCGUUUGGUUCUUCCGUCGUGGUUGAUCGUACGGAACUUCGUCCGUUUUUGGGCGUGCUAGGUUCCGACGUCGGAAGAUUUGUAGGCGGAGAUGAGCGGAGGAAGCAGUCGGAUGAUUCUAUCCGACAGGUUAUGUAUAUGAACUGCUGGGGACCGAGUUAAACGAGUAAGGGAGAGUUUGGUCAUGUGAGUUGAGUCGGAAAAAAA